AUGAACACCAUCAGUGCAGCUGAAACAAGACAAUUUCAUCAGACAAGACAAUUUGCUAAUGCUAAAUAUCUUAACCAAUAUAUUGUUAUCUUAUUAUUUUAUCCAGGACUUGCAGUUACAAUGGGGGAAGACAAAUCUAUUAAUAAUUCAAAUGUAACACGUUUUAUGACUAUUCUGACCUUGGAAUCACUGGACAUGCCACUUUCCAAUGCUUUUUAUAUAUUAAUGUUUGGCAUCAUCACAUACUGUUUAAUUUUGUUCAUCCAGUCCAUGCUACUUGUGACUAUUGUUGCAAAAAGGGAACUGCAUAAACCUAUGUACAUAUUGCUGUUUAAUUUGUCUAUAUGUGACAUUAUGGGAGCUACAGCUUUUUACCCUCAACUGUUUGGUAGUAUACUGUCUCUGAGCAGAGAAAUCUCCUACCCUGCCUGUGCCUUGCAAGGCAUUCUAAUUCACCUCUAUGGAACUGGAUCACUGUUAUUUCUCUCUGUUAUGUCUUAUGAUAGAUACAUUGCCAUUUGCAAGCCUUUGAGGUACCACAAUCUAAUGACACAAGGUAAAUUGGUGAAACUUAUUUUUAUGGUCUGGUCCGCAGAUUUUGCUAUAAUUGGGUCGGUAUUUUCGCUCACAUUAAGCAAAGAAAUCUGCAGGACAAAUAUAGUUGACACAUAUUGCAAUAAUCCUUCUUUAAUGAAGUUAAUCUGUGAGGAUACAAGAGUAAUGAACUAUUAUGGCUUGUUUACUAUAGCUCUUGUACAAGGCCCUUCAAUACUGAUGGUAUUGUUUACAUAUGUCAAAAUCCUAAUUACCUGUCGUUCUACAAAACAGGCAAAAUCUAUAAGUAAGGCAAUGCAAACCUGUGGGACACAUUUAGUUGUUUUUCUGAGUUUUGAGGUCAACACAUUUUUGCUACUGAUUUCUCACCGGUUAGAAGCAGUAUCUCCACACUUACGAAGGGCAUUUGGUGUUUCGAUUGUUAUCUUCCCUCCAAUUCUUAAUCCUCUAAUUUAUGGAUUGAAUACAAGGGAAAUUCGACAAACAAUUUUUAAAUUCUUACAAAGAAAAAUUUAUUUUACAUAA